CACUAUGGCCGGCCUACAAACAUAUUUUAAUUUAAACCUAGACUAAAAUAGUGUUGUUAAAAAGGUACAAGUCGAGAUCUAUUCACAUUUAAUUCUCUUCUCUAAAUUUAGUCAAAAUCUUCGCUUGAAACUACUCCAGAAUGUGUAAACAAUUGGGGUUUCCCAGUUCUUACAGUCUCUUGAGAUUGAUGGAAAGUAAAACAUCAAUUUAAUGCUCAUGUUUCCAGGAUAAUGGAGGGUGAACCCGUUAAUGUGAAGGAGUUUCAAGAAUUGGCUAGGCAAGCUCUUCCAAAAAUGUAUUAUGACUACUAUACAGGGGGAGCUGAGGAUCAGUACACACUUAAAGAAAAUGUGGAAGCAUUUCAUAGAAUUACGCUCCGGCCAAGAGUUCUUGUAGAUGUAAGCAGAAUAGAUUUGUCAACCACUGUUUUGGGUUACAGAGUCUCAGCACCCAUUAUGAUUGCUCCAACUGCUAUGCAUAAGUUGGCACAUCCUGAAGGAGAGGUCGCCACUGCCAGAGCGGCAGCUGCAUGCAACACAAUAAUGGUUUUGUCCUUCAUGUCUACUUGUACUGUGGAGGAGGUUGCUUCCAGCUGCGAUGCUAUUCGGUUUUUUCAAUUAUAUGUAUACAAGAGACGAGAUGUAUGUGCUCAACUCCUACAGAGAGCUGAAAGAAAUGGAUACAAGGGUAUUGUCCUAACAGUUGAUACUCCCAGACUUGGUCGAAGGGAGGCAGACAUAAAGAACAAAAUGGUUGCACCACAGUUGAAGAAUUUUGAAGGCCUCUUAUCAACUGAAGUUGAUGAUGAAGAAGGUUCAAAUUUAGAAGCUUUUGCAAAAGAGACCUUUGAUGAUGCUUUGAGUUGGAGGGAUUUAGGAUGGUUAAGAUCUAUAACAAACUUGCCAAUUCUGAUCAAGGGGGUUCUGACUCGUGAAGAUGCAUUAAAGGCUGUGGAAGUUGGGGUUGAUGGUAUUAUUGUCUCAAAUCAUGGAGCUCGCCAGCUAGAUUUUACUCCUGCCACUAUUUCUGUUCUGGAAGAGGUUGUUCAUGCUGUUGGAGGGAAAGUUCCUGUUCUUUUUGAUGGAGGAGUGCGUAGAGGAACAGAUGUCUUCAAGGCAUUAGCCCUUGGUGCACAAGCUGUUUUGGUAGGAAGGCCUGUGGUCUAUGGGCUUGCAGCGAAGGGGGAAUAUGGCGUGAAACGGGUAAUUCAGAUGCUGAAGGAUGAGCUGGAGCUGACUAUGGCCCUUUCAGGUUGUUCAAGUGUGAAGGAUAUAACCCGGAGCCACAUAAGAACAGAGCGUGAGAGACUCCAGUCAAUGCUAUAAUAUCAUUUGAAAGCCAUUAAAAAUAAUAUCCUGUCUACAGAUGGUUUUGAUGAUUGAUCUUAUGCACAAAAUAAUGUGUGGGUGCACAGUUCAUCUUAAAUGUGCAUGCAUGCUGAGGUUUCAGACAAUUUGGCACUUCUUCAAUGAUUAGUUGGUCUUGUUGCUGCAAACUUAUAAACUGAGCAUUGUAAUUGAAGCAGAUUAAUUUGAAUGUUCAAUCUCAAUACUGUUCAUAUAA